GAACAGCUGUGAAACGUGUGAAACACAAUAACAAUGCAGUCUAAAUGUUUUUAGAUUGAAACUAUUUUUUUAUGAAUUAGUAUAUUAUAGUAUAGUAAUAUUAAUAAUUAGGAACUGUUUAUAGACAUUAAAUAUAAACAAGCCAUCAAUAUGUUGAACUACUCUUUGAGAAAAUCAUUGUUUAAUCGUAAAUUAUGUAAUGCUAUACGGUUUCGCAGUAUUUUUUGUGUAUCAAGUGUUAAGGAUUUAACGAAUGGGAAACAUCAAGAAGGAGACCAGAUAAACGUUAAAGGAUGGAUCAAAUCAGUGCGAAAACUUAAGGAGCAUGUAUUUUUGGAAAUGAACGAUGGUUCCUGUAGCAAGAAUCUGCAAUUGGUGGUUAGUAAAACUCAGCUGAAACAAGCUGCCUAUGGAUCGUCAAUAAGCGCUGCUGGCAGGCUAGGAUUAACGCCCCGGAAUCAACUUGAACUCAAAGUUGAUCACUUUCAAGAACUUGGCGAUUGCCCUCUCUCGGAGGGAUAUCCUUUCUACCCCAAAAAAACCUACUCUCCUGACUACGUUCGUAACCAUCUUCAUCUGAGGCCCCAGACGUCUUCCUUUGCAUCGACCCUACGUGUACGACACCACGUAAUGAAAUGCUUUAACAAUUACCUCGAUCGGGAAGGAUUCAUCCAGAUCCACACGCCUGUUAUUACAUCGAACGAUUGUGAAGGGGCGGGUGAGGCUUUCCUGGUACGACCGGCCAAUUUGGAACUGCUAAAAAAUAUGGCCAAAAAGGACACCCCUCCCGAUCAUGCGUAUUUUGAUCAACCGGCCUAUCUGACCGUUUCCGGCCAACUUCACUUGGAAGCGAUGAGCCAUGGCUUGGGCAAAGUGUACACCUUCGGUCCCACAUUCCGAGCGGAGAAUUCCAAAUCGCCCAUUCAUUUAAGCGAAUUUUACAUGCUGGAGCUUGAGGAAGCAUUUAUGGAUUCUUUGGAUGAACUUGCUGAACGAAUCGAAUCGAUUCUGAAAUAUGUUACCAAAUCCAUUUUGGACGCGGCGGCGGAUGAUCUCACUGUCGUGAGAAAGCUGAACACCGAGAGUUCACUUGACGAAAGCUUUUCCUGGUUAAAUAAGCCAUGGCCAAGAAUUACUUUUCGGGAAGCCAUUCAUGUUUUGGAGGAAAAUAGAUCCAAGCUCAAAUCGGCCGUUCGACCUGAUGAAGGCAUAAAUAAGGAACAGGAAUUGUUUCUUGUGAGUCAUUAUCAGGGUCCGGUGUUUGUGAUAAACUGGCCAAAAGCCAUCAAGUCGUUUUAUAUGCGCGAAAAUCUCACCGAUGCCGGAUUUGUAGAUGCGUUGGAUUUGUUGGUACCGCACGUAGGAGAGCUGGUAGGCGGAAGCGUGCGAGAGGAUGAUUAUCACAAACUGGAGGCAAAACUUCCGGAUCCAGUAGCGUUGCGGUGGUACUUGGAGUUGCGCAAGUUCGGAUCCGUAACAUCGGCUGGUUUCGGACUUGGACUGGAGCGAUAUCUUUGCUGGAUUUUAAAUGUGCACAGUAUCAGAGAUGUGAUACCGUUCCCGCGGUGGGCACAUAAUUGCGGUAUGUAAGUGAAAACCGACAUCGAAUAUAGCUCGCUUUAUGCAA